CCCCAACAAUUCGACACUGACAUUAUGGCCGCUGGACAACGCUCCAGUCAAGCUGGAAGACAGAGCCAACUUUCAACUAUCUCACGGGGGCAUUCAACAGCUCGAGACGAUGCUCAGCUGGGGCAUGAAUUAAUGAAUACACGCAUUCAAGACACUGGAUCUCUGCCAGCCGAGGAUCGGAAGACAGAAGAAUCGAGAUAUGGAUGGGUUAUCGUAGUUUUGGUCUUCUUAAUCAACGCCCACACCUGGGGGUUGAUUGGGUCUUAUUCCAUCUUCCUUGCGUAUUACCUACACUCAGGGGUAUUGAACGAUCCAAACCCCUUGACUUUGGCAUUCGCAGCAGGUUUGUCGUUUUCUACUGCUCUUCUUGCUGCUCCGCUUGUUACUCGUUUGAGCCCUUGGAUUGGCACGAGACCUACUGUCAUGAUCGGAGUCUUUAUUCAAGCGGGUGGGCUUAUCGCAGCUUCUUUCAGCACCAAAAUAUGGCAUCUGGUCCUAGCCCAGGGUCUACUGUUUGGAGCGGGCGUGGGCUUGAUUGUCAACGUCACCGUCAGUAUUGUUCCGCAAUGGUUCGUUGCCCGACGUUCCUUUGCUGUAGCUUUGACUACGGCGGGCUCUGGCACUGGCGGUUUGAUCUACUCUUUGAGCAUACAGCGCAUGAUUGAUUCUCUAGGAGUGUCGUGGGCAUUUCGCAUUCUUGCGUUCGUAUCGUUCGUGGUCAAUGGGUCAGCCACUCUGUUCCUCCGAGAUCGCAACCACGCCCUCGGUUCAGUUCAUAAGGGUUUCAAUACAGGUCUUUUCAGAAGGACUGAUUUUUGUCUCUUUCUUGCCUGGGGGUUUUUCUCUCAGUUUGGCUUCGGAAUCACCAUCUUCUCAAUGUCCGACUUUGCACAAACCAUGGGUUUUACCUCCCAGCAGGGCUCCUACGCAAGCGCCGCUUUCAACUUGUCCCAAGCUGUCGGGCGACCUCUCAUCGGCUUGGCCAGCGACCGCUUUGGCAGACUCAAUGUUGCUGGCAUUAGCACUUUAGCUGCGAGUAUUUCCACACUACUGAUCUGGACUCUGGCCGGCAAAUCAUUUGCUGGUACAAUAGUCUACACGCUCUUUGGCGCUUUCGCUAGCAACAUGUGGACAACAGUCGCCCCAGUAGCGGCCGAGGUUGUGGGCCUCCAGACACUACCUUCUGCUUUAUCAAUUUUUUGGAUAGUUCUCGUGUUACCGACAACAUUCGCCGAACCGAUUGCGGUAUCCUUGAAAACAGAGGGCACCAAUGCCUAUCUUGAGGUUCAGCUAUUUGUAGGAUUCAUGUACCUGGCCGCAUUCAUUUCAAUGUGGCUUCUGCGGGCUUAUAUAUUCCAACAGACGACCCAGACUUCCAGCCAUCGAGAAGACUCACGCUCGCUUAACCAAACUGGAUAUAAGGAAAGACUGGAAAUUCUAUAUCAUAGGUCAUUUACCCUGGGAAAGAUUUAAAUGGCCUUUUCUUCUAUUUGACCAAAAGGUUCAAGACCAGCUCAAUCCCGCACUUCGCAGCAGAAUGACCAGAC